AAUAUUAUGAAGUGCUUAUUUAACUAUACAACAACUAGAACUAUAUUGUAUCUCACCACUAUCUCAGCCAUUAUUCUCCCACUCCCUCCAUCCACCGACUAAUGGCCUCCGCCGGCGCGGCCGUCACGGUGGUGGAGCGCUGCGCCGUCUCCCCGCCGCCGCGCUCCGUUCCGCCGGCGACUCUCCCGCUCACCUUCCUCGACAUACCUUGGCUUUUCUUCUCCCCAACUCAGCCCAUUUUCUUCUUCGCCUCAGCCGCCGCCGCCGCCGCCGCCAACUUCACCCAAACAGUCGUCCCAAAGCUCAAGCACUCUCUCUCUCUAGCCCUCCGCCACUUCUUCCCUCUCGCCGGAAAGUUAGUCAUCCCGGCGGCGCUCUCUGCCGAGCCCCACCUCGAGUACAACGAGAGCGACUCCGUCCUCUUGGUCGUGGCCGCGGCGGCGGAUGGCUGCGAGUUCAAGAAUCUCGCCGGAAACCACCGCAGAGACGGCCGCCGGUUCCGCCGCCUGGUGCCGGAAAUUGGCGGCGGAGACGGCGGAAAACGGCCCGUUUUAGCGGUUCAAAUAACUGUUUUCCCCGAAAUGGGAAUCUGCAUUGGAUUCACGCUGCGAAACGUGGCUGCGGAUUGGAGAACUUUCAACAAUUUCUUGAAAAAUUGGGCUUCGCUCUGCAAAAGCGGCGGAGAUCUUCUUGAUGCCGGGAGACACGUGGCGUCCCAUGAUAGGUCAGUGAUACUCGAUUCUGGUGGGCUGCGGUCAUUUUUCUUGACCGAGUUUUGGAAAAUGGCAAAAAAUGUAAAAGAUGUGAAUUUCGAUGAUAGUGAGAUUGUAAGAGCUACGUUUGUUUUGGGUCCGAAAGAAAUGGAGCAAAUCAAGAAAUGGAUCUUGACCCGGUCCGAUCUUCUAUUCGGGUCGACCCAAUUGCUCCUUUCACCUUAUGUCAUUGUAUGUGCCUUUAUUUGGGUGUGCUGGAUCAAGACACAUUGGUCUACGAAUAUGAUCACGAGAAAAGACAUCGUUCAUUAUUUCGGUUUUAUUGCAGGCGGGUUGACCCGAAUGCCCUACGCAGUGCCCAGUACUUAUGUGGGCAAUUGCGUCGGGUUUGGCCGAUCGGCAGCUAUUAGAGAGGAACUAGCGGGUAAAGACGGCGUCGUUUUCGCCGCAAAGGCGAUCGGGGAUACCGUCAAGAAGUUGAACGGGGAUAUGCUCGGCGGAGCUAGGAAUUGGAUCGCUGAGUGGAAGGAGAUGCGGGAGUCAGAGCUCCAUGUUACGGUGACCGGGUCACCGAAAUUGGAUCUCUACGAAUUGGAUUUCGGGUGGGGAAGACCCGAGAAGUUUGAGGAAGUGUCGAUUGGCACGGGAGCAAUUUCUCUUAGUGAAAGUAGAGAGGUGAUUGGUGGAAUUGAAGUUGGUGUUGCUUUGCCUCGGCUUAAGAUGGAUGCAUUUUCGACUUUAUUUAAUGAGGUAUAAAAUGUUAUGUUACAUAUAUUUGUGUUGAAUCUCGUAUUUAUCAAUUAGCAAUGUGGAGAAUGUUUAUUAAAAAUAAAAAAUGAGAGGUCUCAAUCAUUGAUUUCUUCUAUCUUAGUUGAAAUGUUGGUAAUAAUUGUUAUGUAUGUUGGAGGACAAGCACAAUACGGCCAUAUUUGUACAAAUGUGUAAUAUAUGCAUGUGAUUUUUUUUAUUUUAUGUACUACUAAUUUUUUUAUUUUUGAGGGAAAAGUACUUUGGAAUAAUGUUAUCUUGAUACGUAGCAUAUGUUCACCAUUUAUGCUAUGAUUGUAAUUUGUAAACGGUUGAACUAUUGUGAUAAAAAUAUGAAGUGACAUGAAUU